CUACCCACCAUGACGCAUAUGUUCCCGUUGGAAACGGCAGGCUGUGGUCUAUUUUGGUUUAGUUAUACACAUAUUUGGUAUUGCAUGAUGGCUCUUCAAAGAAACACUCCUCUCCCACAUGUCAUGAUGUCCUCAUCACGUUCCCAUGCUAUCACACAUCUGUAGUACCUCAUCAACACAAUGAUCAACUUCGUUUAUUAUAAUGGGGAACGUGCAUUUUUCUCAACAAAUGCUCGGAAAGUUUGUGUUGUGUAACCUGCUACUUCAUAUACUGCAACCGCAUUUGAGGUGUGGCAUAUCAAGAAACGGAUUAAACAGCAUGAUCAUUACACAGGUGGACCUUGUGCUGAGGCAUCGGUUAACAGAUAUUUCUAGACUUGCAGGGGAUUUCCUACAGUUUGAUCAGUUUAAAGAAAGAGUAGCGCUCAGACACACAAAUAUACAAGACGAAGAGAAACGUGGGGGUGUCUGCGAUGGCAGGUGGACAGAGAGGGGUCAACCGCACUGCUUACUGCAGGUCUCCAAUAAACAGUGAGCCAGGCUCGGUCAGCAAUGACAACCACUCUACCAGCUCCCCAGUCACAGGUGUUUGCUCUCGGACAAGCCCUGUGUGUUGUACCGUUAGGAUUGGCUCGGGUACGAGCCUGUCCAGUCCCCCGUUGGCAGCCCAGACCAUGGUUCCUGUGAAGCACUGUAAGAUCCCAGAGUUAUCCAUGGACACAAAACGUUCUGUUCAAGCUGCACUUGUUCUUCUGCCACCCCAGUGCCCUCUUUGUCCAGUAUGUCAACAUCUACAAGACUGUGUGGUGGUACCCCAACUCACACCCAUCCCUCACACACCACGCUGGUUCGGGAUGUACAUUCCCUUUUUCCGGUUAAACUGCUACUUCUGCCGGGUGGGGCCACUCUCGCCCAUCACUAACAUCGGGUCGAAGGAGCUGGGCAGCGUGGGGCGCCGCCGUGACUACAUGACGGCUCUGAACGAGACGUGGAAGCAGCACACCAGCCAGCUGUACGGGGUCCAGGCCAUGCCCACACGCGCCUGCUGCCUCUCCCCAGACCUCAUCCGCAAAGAGGUGGAGUACCUGAAGAUGAACUUCAACUGGAGGAUGAGGGAGGUGCUGGUCAGCUCCAUGUUCAGUGCCUACUACGUGGCCUUCGUACCUGUAUGGUUUGUUAAAAGCACACAAUACGUGGACAAGCGUUGGUCCUGUGAGCUCUUCAUCCUGGUGUCUGUCAGUACCUCAGUCAUCCUCAUGAGGCACCUGCUGCCCCCACGCUACUGUGACCUGCUCCACAAGGCUGCAGCACACCUGGGCAGCUGGCACAAAGUGGACCCUUCUCUCUGUUCCAACGUCCUGCAGCACAUAUAGACGGAAGAGUACAUGUGGCCCCAGGGUGUCCUGGUCAAACACAAUAAAAAUGUAUACAAGACCAUAGGGCACUAGAAUGUAGCUGUCCCCUCGGACGUCUCCCACUAUCGCUUUUAUCCCUUACGAAUGUUGAACAUCCUCAUCAUCGUGGAAGGUGCGAUGAUAUUCUACCAGCUCUACUCGUUGAUAUGCUCAGAAAGGUGGCAUCAGACGAUAUCCUUGGCUUUAAUUCUCUUCAGCAGAUACUACGCCUUCUUCAAGCUUCUCAGAGAGAGAAUAAUCUUAGGCAAGUCACACUCAUACUCCAAUAGCUCACCGGACCAGAAAUUAAGUUAAAGACGUAAGUUAUUGCUGGUAAUUUGUCUUGGAACAAGAAAACACACAUGAGAGCUUUGUAUUUUUCCUACAACUGUAUUUUGUAUCACUGUUUUUGUUCUGAGCUGCCAUAAUAAAAAAUAAACAUAUUUUUGUAUUCCU